GUCAUUUUAAACCAGAAAAAUUGAACAGCAAAAUAUUUCGCUGCAACAUAAUUCACAUUACUGGUUAACUAUUUGAAUUAUUGAGAGGCAUUAAUUUGUUGAAAAACAUUAGUUUACUCAUAUUAUUCAGAGUAAGAUUGGAAAAAUGGCUACAGCUCAACUGCGGCGACUGAAAGAAGCAACAGAUAUGUGGAGCUCCAUCAUGCCAAACCCAACAGUUUCAAUACUGCAGUCAGAAUCAUUUGUGAAGAAAUUAGUAGCUCUUGGAAUUUCUAAUGUAACAUACCUCCGUGCUGUGUUCCCCGAGGAAGCUUAUGUUGAUCGUCAGCUUGAAGGCAUUCGCUUGAAAAUAUUACGAGAUGAUGGAACAUGCCCUGCUGCUGCUCAAGUUAUUGCCUGGCUUAAAAGUGCAUUUGAUGCUUUCAGUAAGAAAUAUUUACACCAAUUGAUCCUGGCAGUCCAUGCACAGGGAUCAAGUCCUGAUAACACGCUAGAGACUUACACUUUCCACUUCACAUACAAAGGCGACGAUUUGAGUGGGUGCAGUAUAUUAAGAAAGGAUAACAAGACAAAAGAGGAAGUUGUUUCAGAGAUGGGCUGUUCCCUCACUGAGAUCCGUAGGAGCACCCUGGAGAUGUUACGCACCACAGUUCAGCUUACACAGUCUCUGCCAAUCCUGCCUGACAAAUGUGGCAUCUCCAUGAAAUUGCUCUAUUAUGAAGAUGUGACACCUCAAGAUUAUGAACCACCAGGCUUUCAUGCAGUUGAGAAUUCUGCAUUUAUAUUCCCAAGCGAAUCAUUAAGUUGCAAGCUUGGCGAAGUGUUCACACCAUUCCACACUCUUAAGUUUAAUGCCAAAAUGGAGACAACAAAACUUGAGAACUUGAAAGAGGAUAGGUCUAGCAGCCAUAGUAGUCAUAAAAUCCCUGUUAAGGACCCUGAGAAGAAGUCAGUUAUCAGAAAUACAAUACAACUACAGGAACAGGCACUAUCAGUUAAAUCACAGCCCACUGAACGUGUACAAAACACACAUACAGAUAGCAUAAAUGAUGACGACAAUGAGACUGCAGACAGUGUUAUGACAGAAGACUUCAUUCCUUCAACCCAACUUGUGGAUGUUACCAAAUCCAUUGUCCAGUCCCAUCUGACACAACCUACAGAGAAUGUGGCUGUUCCUUCCUGUAGUCUUGCACAACCAGCAUCCGGUUUAACUUUGGAAGUAUUGUCAGGGGUGGAUGUGACUCCAACAGAUGUGCGAGAACAUGGCAUACGCUGUGCAUGUGGAAUUGAAGUGGACAGUGGUCUUAUGGUGCACUGCAAAUUUUGUAACCACUGGCAACAUGGGGCAUGUUAUGGGUUGCAUAAAGAGAGCGACAUAUCAGCCGAUCAUGUCUGUGAAGUUUGUCAUGAGCCUGAGAAGAAUCAACAGUGCACGGACUUGAAGCUUCUAGCACUGUCCGUUCCACAGAGAAAGGAAGUGUGUUUGUACCGUCGCACCUUGGCAUGUAUACGAUUGUGUCGUGUCACCCCUUCCUUCAUAUCUGAAGAACUGGAUGUUUCAGAAGACAUUGCCCAGCUUCUCUUUGAACAUCUUGAAAUGGACGGUAUUCUCCGAUCCACUCGAACCAAAGGGACGCCUCGCUACAUAAAUCAGAAGGUUCUGAAAAACGAACUUCUGCCUCGGUAUUUUGGACCCACUGCAGACUUGAGGUCCCACAAAUACAACUUUAAGUUUCAUGAUACUAUGGAUAAUAAUGCAAAGGAUUUAAAGGAAAUGACUCUAUCACCAAAAGCUUCAGAUCGCCACAGACAGAAGAGAGCGCGUGUUAACAAGAUGGAGCUUGUGAUUGAAGAUGACGAAAAACCUGCCCGAAAGUAUCAGAAGACUUCGCAGGCUCAUAUAAUUCUGUAGGUUUGUGAAAAAUUUGCUAUGAAUUAAAGUAGUACCAGACUGUAAGAGAUUAUAAAAUUAAUGUUCUUUCAUAGUUUCAUGGCUUUAUGUUGAAUUGCCAUAUUUUCAGCAUUUUUAACAUAAAGCAAGUUGGCAUUGGCCAUUAAGGUAUGAUUUAUUACAAAGUAAGUAAAAUGGGUGAGUUAAAACAGUUUUCAUUCAAUUCUAUGUGCUGCUAUAAUAGUACUUUCAAUGUUUAUUAAGUAUGAAUCAGAUUAUUAUUUAAUAAUUAUUAAUUACUGUGCAAUAACAAAACAUUCCUUUAAAAUGAUAAUAUAAAUAAUAUAUUAUAAGAUUGUCAAUUUUCCCCAUUUUCUGAUGCUGAAAUAUUACAUAUCAAUAUUUAUUAAAUGAGAAACAUCUAUUAUUUUUAAAUUAAUGAUCAUUUUUCUUCAUAAUAUGUAAUAUAUUAUGAAUUUAAAACUACAUAAAAAGUAACUUGACAUUUCUGUUUUGUAUUCUGAUAUAAAAUUAUAUUAUUUAUGAGUUUAACAUGAAAUGCGUUGACUUGUUGACAUGUGAAUUAAUGUCAUAUUUUGUUAUGUUUUAAUGACUGGCAUUCAUUAUUAGUUUUCAAUGAUGAAAAUAUAUUUAAAGAUGUUUGUUUUUCUGAUAUUAAGUAAGUUUGUCCCACUCUACGCCAUGUAGGCGUUUGGGGUGAGAGGAGGUAUAGCUCCUCCCUUCCUUGACCUCGGCACUAUUACAAGUUGUUAUUCUGUUCCUAAUGUAGUUGUAUUAAAAUACAAAGUCAGGAUGGUCAUGCAUUGACAAUAUUUUUUGCCUCACACAAGUUAUGUAAAAAGCAAGGAUACACAUUUAGUAAAUAUUGACUUAUCCAAAGUGUAUGACAGCAUUCCUAACUGUAAACUGUGGGAAAUUAUAGAAGAAAACCCUAUAUCAAUAAACACUGUUAAAGCUGUUAAACACCUCUAUGAAAAUUAUAGUUUGAAAAUAAAGAUAUGUAAUUUAAUGUC